AUGGCGCACAUUGAUGCUGGUAAGACGACAACAACAGAAAGAAUAUUAUUUUUUACUGGAGUUUCUCAUAAAAUAGGUGAAGUGCACGAUGGAGAGGCAGCAAUGGAUUGGAUGGAUCAAGAAAGAGAGAGAGGAAUAACAAUAACAGCUGCAGCAACAACAUGUCUAUGGAGAGGGUCUUUUAAUAAUCUCGAUAUACACCGUAUUAAUAUUAUAGACACCCCAGGGCAUGUUGAUUUUAGUGUUGAAGUUGAGAGAUCUCUACGUGUCUUAGAUGGUGCUGUUGCAGUCUUUGAUGGUGUUGCUGGUGUAGAGCCCCAGAGUGAAGCUGUGUGGAGGCAAGGAGAUAGGCACGGAGUCCCUCGUCUUGCAUACAUAAACAAGAUGGAUAGAUUAGGAGCCGAUUUCUUUAGAUGCAUGCAGCAGAUCAAAGAUAAACUCGGGGGAGACCCAAUCCCUAUUCAACUCCCCAUAGGCGCAGAGGCGGGCUUCCAGGGUGUUGUGGACUUAGUACAUAACAGGGCUUUAGUUUGGCCAGGCAAGAGAGCGAAGCAGCAGCAGCAGCAGCAGCAGCAGCAGCAGGGAGAAGAAGAAGACGAUCCCAUGGGGAUCGCCUUCGUAGAGCAGCCUGUGCCGCAGUAUAUGCAAGAAGAGGUGGAGAGGUGGAGGGGUGAAUUGAUGGCUCGAGCUGCAGAGGCCUCUGAGUCUCUAUUAGAAAAAUAUAUAGAUGAAGGUGUACUGACACCUGAAGACAUACUGCUCGGCAUUCGCUCGCUAACUAUUAAUUCUGCUCUCGUUCCUGUCUUAUGUGGAAGCUCUUUAAAAAACAAAGGCGUACAGCCUCUCUUAGAUGCUGUUAUUCAUUUCUUACCUUCCCCCUUGGACUUACCCCCAGUGCAGGCAAUGAAACCCACUAACAAACACAGCCGCAACUCUACUACUACUACCAGCAGCAGCAGCAGCAGCAGCAAAGAUGAUGGCGGUGCUGAGUGUGUGGAGUUGCGGUCUGAUGGAGAUGGGCCUUUGGCUGCUCUUGCUUUUAAAAUUAGCAGCGAUGCAUUUUUAGGCUCUCAGACUUUUGUUCGGGUGUAUUCAGGAAGAAUGAAGACCGGAGAUGUUGUUUAUAAUCCUCGAACAGGAAGUAAAGAGCGUCUUCAGAGGCUUGUGUUGAUACACUCAAACUCAAGAAGAGAUGUGCAGCAAUUACAAGCAGGCGAAAUAGGUGCUGUCCUAGGGCCUAAGAGUUUUAUUACAGGCGAUACAUUAACAAGAGAAGAGCUCCCACUUCUAUUAGAGAGUAUUAAACCCCCUACGCCUGCUCUAAGCGUUGCACUUGAAGGAAAUAAUAAACAAGAAACUGAUAGAUUGCUACGUGCUCUGCAUAAAUAUGCAAGAGAAGACCCCUCUCUUCAGGUGUCUGUACACCCCGAAACCAAACAGAUUCUUCUCACGGGUAUGGGAGAGCUUCACCUGGAUAUAACAAUAGAUAGACUAAAACGAGAACAAGGAAUAGUAGCAAAGACGGGGGCCCCUCAGGUAGCAUAUAAAGAAACAGUUGCUGCAACAGCAACAGCAAAAGGCCGAUAUGUAAAGCAGUCUGGAGGCAGAGGGCAGUAUGGCGAGGUCUGGCUGCAGAUAGCCCCUUUACCUCGAGGAAGCGGGAUUGAGUUUAUUGAUGCAAGUAAAGGAGGUGUAGUGCCUCAGCAGUUUAUCCCAGCUGUUGAGGAGGGGGUAAGAGAGCAGCUGCAGCGCGGCUUACUUGCAAAUGCUGCUGUUAUAGAUGUUCAAGUAACUCUAGUAGAUGGUUCUCAUCAUCCGGUAGAUAGCAGCGAAAUUGCAUUUAAAAUUGCUGCUUCUCUUGCUCUUAAAGAAGCAGCAAAAACUGCGAGACCUAUACUUCUAGAACCCCUCAUGCUGCUGCAGCUAACUGUGCCGCAUGAAUAUGUAGGCGAUGUUGUGGGCUUCAUUGCCAGCAGCAGAGGAACAAUUCAAGAGAUGGAAGACGCAUCAACAGCAGCAGCAGCAGCAGCAGCAACAGCAGCAAAUAGACCUUCAACAGCAAAACAUAUCGCUGCGCAUGUCCCCCUAGCUGAGCUCUCGCAGUAUACAACUACACUCCGUUCACUUACCAAAGGCAGAGCAGCAGCAAACCUCAAUUUUAUAAAAUAUGUUGAGGUGCCUCCGCACAUUCAGCAAGAAAUCGUCAGCCAGCGAACAGGGACGCCCUCCAAACCCAAGUAA